CGGCCGGGCGGGCUGAGGCGCCGGAUGGCGCCGGGCUCUGUGUGACGGUCCCGGGGGCGGAGAGGGGCCGGGGAGCCCUGCCGGUUGAAAAGAUGGGAAAUGCAGAAAGCAAUGCCUAUCACAAUCACCUUUCCAGAUUUCUUCCUGAGGAGCAGAUUGACAUUGAUGGAGUAUUUGAUACCUUAUCAGGAUCAAGUGGCUCAGCUGGAGGAAAAAAUGCCAAAGCUACAAAGAAAACGAUGACUCUGGCAGCACUACAGGCACAUACACGGGAGGCACUGCCAGAGCAAAUGACUGUUCGGUUGUACAAUGGGAUGAAAAGCAUUGACCUGCCUGGGAAAUCAUCUGGGCUGAGUGAACAGAUUGCUAAGGAGCAGUUUGUAAUUUUUAUGUCAGACCUCUUAAAAGGGAAUGCAGAUGAGAAGAUUGCCAUAAUAAUGAGAAUGAUCUCCAAGACAGAAGGGCCCGUGAAGGGCAAACAAAUCCAAGAGUUCACAGAGGAUCUGAUCAUGUCUCUAGUCCAUGUACUGAGCUACAGGAAGGAACUGAAAGGUUGGACUUUGGAGAAUACUCGGGAUUCUGCCAGUGGAGUAAAGGCUUUGGCUUCUCAGCUGCUCUCAGAGUUGAAGCUUGCAGAUGGGACAAAACCUGUGGGUCCUCAGCUGCUGGAGACAAGUUUUGAUCUGAGUGUCAUUGAGGACUGGGUGUACAGAGUUCCUCAGGUCUCAGUUUUCCUCAGUGUGGUGAUCAGGCAGAGCCUCCACGUUCUCCAUUCUCUCCCAGACCAAACCAACGACAUCCUCAACCUGGUUCCCCGCUGCAAAGGCAUGAAAGGAAGAGGACUUGUCAGCCUCUUUGACAUCCCAUCCAUCAUAUACAUCAACUCCCACCUGCCUGCAGAGCUACAGCACAAGUGGCGGCUUUUGUUUUCUUCCAGGCUCCACGGGGAAAGCUUUUCACAGUUGUGUGGGCACAUAGUGAACAAAGGGCCUUGCAUAGUGAUCCUGAAGGACUUGGAUGGUUUUCUCUUUGGUGGGUUUGCCUCUCACUCCUGGGAGGUGAAGCCACAGUUUCAAGGUGACAACAGAUGCUUUCUGUUUUCUGUUUUCCCCUCUCUUGCUGUGUACACAUACACAGGGUACAAUGACCACUUCAUGUAUUUGAACAAUGGCCAACAGACUAUGCCAAAUGGACUUGGUAUGGGUGGACAACAUGGAUACUUCGGGCUCUGGAUAGACAGUGACUAUGGGAAGGGACACAGCAAAGCCAAACCUCGAUGUACCACCUACAACAGCCCCCAGCUGUCAGCCAAAGAGGAUUUCACACUGGAUGCCAUGGAAGUCUGGGCAGUGGGAGAUGUCCCUGAAAGCGUGACAAAAGGUAAGAAGAGUAUCCUGGAUGUGGAUCCUGAGGCUCAGGCCCUGUUGGAAAUGGCUGGAAAAAGUCGUCACAGCGAAGGUCUCCGGGAACCCAUUGAAGAGGAUGAGGAUGAUGAGAACUAAAGGAAUCACAGUCAAAUGAAAACCCCUUUAUUUUUAUUUGCUUCCAAGUGUUAAUGUUACUUGGACAGCGUAUUUUUUCCUCUUUUCUUUUUUUCCCCUUAAAUUUACCUAAUUAUCUGGGACAGAGCUUAAGCUUCGUACUUAUGUAAUAUUUAGGUCUAAUACAAUAUUCUGCCUGAAGGGUUUUGGUUGGGAAGGACAGAAAAAAUAACUGGGGACACAAUCAUUAGACAUGUCUGAGUCCUAGCUGAAUAUGAAUUUGCUUGCAUUCCCCAUAGAUCAUGUCUGCAAACUAAAUUAAAAGCAGCAGAAGAUAUCGACAGUAUGGUUUACUGACUUGGAGAAUUGAUAUGUAUAUUUAUAUAUAUAUAUAUAUAUAUGUAUAUAUAAAGACUGUCCAAGACACUGAUUAAGGCUCUUAUACCUCAACUGCACAUAUUUAUUUGCAUGCAAUGAAAUUAGUCAGUGAAUUUGCAAAUUGUGAUGAUGUCUUACAUUGGUAAACAGAGAACAGUCCACAUGAUUCCAUAUGAAGGGUGCUAUUAAUUUGCAUUGCUUCGGUUAAAGCAUUAAAUUUUACAUUUUCUAAGUUGGUUUUUUAGCAAGUGGCUCCAUAUGGGCUGUGAGAUGUCCAGAAUAUUCAUAUACAGCAAAAAGGUUUAUAAUACUACACUAUAGUUCAGUGCAUCUCACUUCAGCUGUUUCUGCAGAAGUUUGUCUGUUGUUUUUUAAACUUAGUAAAACAGAAUCAUUGGAAUCAUUCAGCCAUAUUUUUCCUAAAAAUGGGCCAUACCUUCAGCAGAAAUUCUCCAGGGAAGGUAACUUCUUUAGUAGCCUCACUUGAGACUGGACCAAAAAGGAAGCCAGUUAAUUGGGAAUAGGAUCUGC